AGGGUGAUCUUCAUAGAAACUACUAAAGACUUCAAAAGAUUCACGUUAGGCAAAAUAAGCUGUUCCAAAAAAGUAAAAUGGAUCCUUGUUCAGUCGGAGUUCAGCUUCAAACUACCAAUGAAUGCCAUAAGACCUAUUACACUCGUCACACUGGUUUCAAGACUAAGCAAGAUCUAUCUUCAUCUGAUCUACUGUUACUUCAGCUUAGGACUGGAAUAACCCUUUCAGACAACAAUACAAUCUGCUUCCAUCAUGCAAAAAUUUACAUUGAAAGAUUUGAAGACUUGCAGAAGUCAUGUUGCGAUCCCUUCAACAUACACAGAAAACUAUCAAAGAAAAACUUGCGAGCAAUUGACUUGGAUGAUGCAACUUUUCUAAGUGCCAAGUUUGGAAGGCAGUUUGUACCUGGUUGGAAGCUUUGUCCCAAAUGCAUGCAGAUAAUAAACGGAAGCGUGGAUGUUGAAUCUGAAGAUCGCCAAAGAAGAAAACUUGAUUCAGAUGGGCGUACAGCUAAGGCUUUAAAGUCUCUACAGUUUGCUAAUCCAGGCCGACAGACUGAAUUCACUCCUGAGACCAGCAAGAGGGAAAAAAGAAGGCUGCAAACAAAAAAUGCGGCAUUUAAUUCGGACAGGCAAGUUAUACCGGCCAAGAGUAAAGUGUACGACAGCCAGGGACUGCUGCUGUACAGUGGGAUGGACCUCUGUGAUUGCUUGGAUGAGGAUUGCCUUGGAUGUUUCUAUGCUUGCCCAAAGUGUGGCUCCAACAAGUGUGGAGCUGAAUGUCGCUGUGACCGCAAGUGGCUGUAUGAGCAAAUCGAGAUAGAAGGAGGAGAAAUAAUCAGAAAUAAGCAUGCUGGUUAG